AAAAACACAACAGCUAAAUCUUACCAAGCGAUGCUUAAUUUAACAGGCAUUUGGCAGGUGAAUAUAAAACAGAAUACCAAAGGCAAAACUAUUACACAAUGAAGAUUGCUACUGUUUUCAUUGCUCUUGCCUGCCUCUUAGCUGUAGAGGUAGAAGGUCAGGAUAGAGCUCUAAAGGGCAGGUGUCUUUGUGCUGGCAAAGGUGUGAACAUGGUUCUUCCCAAAAUGAUUAAAAAGGUUGAAAUCAUACCAGCAAGUCCUUCUUGUGAAAACAUGGAGAUUGUUGCUACUCUAAAGGGUUCAGAACAGAAAUGCCUAAAUUUAGAAUCUAAAUUCACCAAGAAUUACAUCAUGAAGGCUCUUAAGAAAAGGAUCAAGUAGAAGGAACCACUUGCAGUUUGAAUCUGGAUAUUUUUGCUAAGAACACCAUGAUAUCAAGCAGCAAUCAGCGACUCAACAUGAUUCAGUCCUCUGACAGGCAAGAAAGAAGAGUUUAACAUGAAAAAAAUACUAACUAAUUACUUUAAAUCUUUGUUUUAUAACAGUUGUAUAAUGCAGUGGUAAUAACACUUCGUAAUUGAUUUUAUUUUUACAUGAUUACCUUAAAAAUGAUUAGUUUUUGUGUUUGUAUUUUAAGUACAUGUAUGUCUCAUGGAACUACAAUAGGUAAAGUCUUAAAAAUAAUGAAAAUAAAUUCUGAAGCAUUUGAAAAUUUUUGUUGUGUGUGAUGGUGACGUGCAUUAAUUCAAAAAGUUGGAUAAUAAAAAACACAACUGAACAAA